CACUUCCCCCACUUCUACAUUUCACACUCACGCAAAACAUGCACGAAAUCAACGUGGCUCAAAAUGGCACGAAAUGGAACAGAAGCUGACACGGUGUACGCUGUAGUUUAUGGAUCUGUUAUAACGCUCGGACUGCCUCUCAACGCUCUGUCGCUAUGGAUUCUUCUUCGCCACCACAGCCGCAAAUCAGCCAAUGCUGUCUUCAUGAUCCACCUGGUGAUCUCAGACCUCCUGCUCAUCAUCUCCUUACCAAUGAAGGUCUACUUUUAUGCCACAAACAAAUGGCCUCUGGGAGACAUGGCGUGCAUCUGGCUCACGAUGCUUUUUCGCAACAACAUCCGCUCCAGCGCCGUCUUCAUCACCUUCAUCAGCAUAGACCGGCUGCUGGCUGUAGUCUAUCCUCUGAAGUCACGCCAACUUCGGUCCUUGUCCAACGCCUCAAAAGGAGCUGCACUCGUCUGGCUGAUUGUGGUGAUUGUGAAUAUCCCAGAGAGUGUGUACUUUUCAAAAUAUUUAAAAAACAAGACUUCGAAUGUUUCGACUUGUUUUGAUGACAAGAAUGACUUCUUUCCUCCAAUAGCGUAUUUUCAGCUUGUGUUACUCUUCACCCUGCUGUUCAUCAAUAUUGUGUCCACAGUUCUGGUGUCUUUGACUCUAAACAGACAUUUGAAUAUCACCACGAGGAUCAACAACAGAGUGAACGUCAUGCUGAUUUUUGCCAUGAACUUGUUGAUGUUCUGUAUAUUCUUCUUGCCUGUGUCCUUGACUGUUUUCUUUGAUAAUAGACGGGCUGCUCUGAAUUGUCUUGCCAGUGUGAACUGCUGUCUGGAUCCACUGUUGUAUUACUUCUCAUUUGAUGGUUUCUGGAAGAAAAAAGAGGACACAGACAGGUCCACUGAAUAGUCAUUGAACAUGACCAGUCAGAUUUCCCAGUUUCUUGUGAGAAUGUUUCAGAGUAAGGUUGUAAGGGGAAAUGAAUAUCAGUAUUUAAGAAGCCCAGUUCUGUAUCUCAUUUAUCUAGUUAUCUAGUUUUGCAUUGUUUUUGUUUUUCCGGUGUAUAAGCUCUCCUGUUGACUUCGAAAUGUAAACUAAUGUGUAAUGAGUACUAAAAUUAACAACUUUUGUUAGUUCCAUCAGACAAAGUUUGCUCUAAAUGUUGCUCUUAAAUAUAUAAAUAUUAAAUACUUGGCAAGUCAGAGAUUAUGCCAGAGUCUGUUUGCAUCACUGUGUUGGAUUGUGAAAUAGAUGUGCAAAGAGGCUUUUUGUUAGGUUAUUAAAACAAUUCAAUCACAAAUGCUUUACAAGCUGUCAUGAACCUCACGGACUACGUUAACAACUCUCAAACCUGCGUUUUUCCCCUAAGAUUAAUUGGAAAUUACUUAAACUGACACAUGCCUUUGACGGCAUCAGAAUGAACUUUUUUGAGGCUGUAAGGAUUGGUGCAGCUGCCGCUGUUGCAGAAAGUGACAGCUGUGCAUGAGAGCUAAAAUUUACACAUAGAAAUAUAGAUGAUCACUGUGAAUUGCCUGAAUUGCUUCCAGGCAAAAUCAUUCAGAUGUUCUAAGUUGCACAAAAUUAUCAUGUUUAUUAUAUCUGAUAUGGAAGAAAAAAUCUUUGCUUCUGCUAUCAUUUGAUGUAUAUAAUUUUGUUUUCUAGAUACAGGUGUGUAUAUUAAUUCAUUCUUGCGCUAAAACAGCAGCCCUUGUUUUUUUAGUUAUUAAUUUAUUUGUUUUUUUAGAUUUAUUGUUCAAAUCACGCUCUAAAGCUGACUACUGGCAGGAUCUUUUUACGAUCAAACUGCAAGUUAAGAUGGGAUGGACAUGUGUGGCAAGCACGUCAGGAACCUGCAUGCAGGACAUCUCCAGGUGAGCACACAGUUGCUGGUGCUUUAAGUGAAGCAGUAUCAACUCAGAAUUAGAGCUGAUGCCUCUACCCUAACUAUCACCUGGUAUUUACUGUCAAUCCUUUAUAUACGCAGCAGAUAUGAAAACGGGGCAUUUUCAUUUUCGUGAUAAGACAUCUUCUUUUGAUUGCCUUUAACAUCAUUUGGCACAGUCAUGUGUGUGUCUUUGGGUAUAAAUCCUUCAGUGCAGCUGAGGCUGUUGUGCUUUUUUGUCAGCAUCUUAGUACGGAGGCCAGCAGCACUCCAGUCCUAUGACUCCUAUGAGUUUUGGCAAAGAGACGUAGCUCUCUACGCUUGUAGCAAACAAUCCAAAAAGGCUCUAGGUGUGAAACAAUCCAGACAUAAAGUCCAGAUUAGCACAAUUGAAGUUAUUCAAAACUCACUACACGGUCAUCUGUACUCAGCAUCAACUAACCUUAAACAGUUAUUUGUUUUUGUAACUAGGUUAGUAAUGGAACAACAUCAAACCUCAAAAACCACUCUCUACACGGUGUGUUCAUCCUGUGCCAUUUAGAUGCUUUAGAUGCGUGCUUUCAUGUUUGCUUUAACUGUGGUUGGAUUCGUCUUUAUUACAUAGACUCUCUUUGUUGAGUGAGUGGUAAAAUUAAAAAAGAAAAAAAAGAAAGAGAUAUUUAUGUCUUUUGUUAAAUUGCCAUUCAAACCUCUUUGUCUGCAACAGGCCACGUAACAGUUAUUCAUUUUUUAUAGUUUAUAAUUAUUCAUCUUUUGCCUGUUGAAAACCUGCUUUGAGGAAGUUCCAUCCGCUGCGUAGCUCACGCUUAAUGUGAGUUUUGUGUGUAACCUCUGUCAGCAAAUGAAAACAGAAUUUGAAUGGAAAGUGCUAUCCUACAUAAGCAACCUGUACUGCUUUUAUAAAACUGCAUAUGGUUCAUAAAACAUCUGCUUCUUUU